AUGGGGCAAGCAGAGCAGCAGCUGGUGAACAUCUUGCAAGGUGUAGCCCAGACACAGGCUGCCAUGACUCAGACACAAGCUGCCUUAACCAAGUUCCUGCAAGAGCAAGAUUCAGCGAAGGGUAGCUCCAGCUUGAAAGGAAGAGACCUGGCCAAGGUACUCAAGCAGCCGCCUCCUUUGGUGGCCAAGAAUCGUGAUGAGGAGCUUGGGGCUUGGCCAUCCUGGAGCUGGGAGUUCGAGCAAUGGCUAACUGUUUUGGAUCCGGCUUUCACAGCAGAUUUGGCCAGCAUCAAAGCAAAAGGCAACAACGUGAUCACCGAAGCCGAGCUUAGCGAUGAACAGAAAGAACGAAGCAAGCUGCUUUAUGGUAUUUUGGCUGGUUUGUUGCAUGAUAAGGGCAAGCGUCUUUUGCGAAGUAUUGGUGGACAGAAUGGUUUUGAGGGAUACCGAAGUAUUUCUGCCGAUUUGAUGCCGAGCAAUCGUACAAGAGCCUUAGCCCUUUUGCAAGCCAUCAAUUCUUGGCCUACUUUCGAGAACAAGCAUGGUAUUGCACAGCAACUUUUAAAGCUUGAAGCUGCAAUGAAUGAGUAUGAAACUUUGCAGCGCGGCGGCCUUACAGAAGAUACCAAGAUUGCGGCUGUUUUGCGAUGGGUCACAGGGCAACUUCGUCAGCAUGUGAAUGUUCUUGUCACUGACACCACGACUUAUGAUGAAGUCAGAGCUUUGGUCCUGCGUUGGGAUGCAGCGCAGCAGCGCUGGAGCCAUUCAGUGGCCCAGAGCUAUGGCCUUACCGUUGCCCAACAGCCUGCCUCCUCAGAAGCCGCCCCUACUGUUGCGCCUAGCAGUUCUGCAUCUAAUGCUGCUCCGAGCGUUCGUCGAAUUGAGCUUCGGUCUUUCGACAUGACAGGCCUCGCGUUCUCCGGAAACUCAGUUCACAUGGUCACAGCUGUGCCUCAUUAUGACAUGUCCAGCUCAGAUGACGAUUCAGACUGGGUUCUUUGUCCAGGCUUGUGUGACCCGAGUGCCGAGGGAUCGUCAGAUUCCCCGAGUCGAGGCCAGCACCUUGAGCCCAUGUCUGAGCCUUUCAGUGUUUGCGCAGUCAGCAGCCAGCAGAGUCGACAUUCUAGAGUCAUCCUGGACAGUGGUGCAGACCUUUCGUGCCUCCCUAGAAGCUUCUGCACUUCGGGUAAAGCUGCUAGAUCCCGGCCGAUGUCAGUUCAAGAUGCGCAAGGCGGUUCCAUGAAGGUCCAUCAGGAACGAAAUGUCGAGUUCAUCCUGACAGCCCGUGAUCAGGAGCCUGUCCUGAUUAAGGAGCGAUGCAUCGUGGCUGACGUUGUUCAGCCCAUCUUGUCGAUGGGCCGGCUUAUCCACCAAGGAUGGUUCCCUUCCAAGGACUCAGAAGGCCUGCAUCUGUGCCAUGAGCGUGGCUCGAUUGAGGUUCCGGUUGGGUUUAAGGGUCAUAGUCUGGUUGUUGAUGCGGUAAUUCGUCGUAUCGAUGGUGAAGAUGUCGAGCAGCAUGUGCGCGCGUACACUGCAAAUGUGUCUGAAGACCUUUCCUCAAUGUCCUUUGGCUGGCAGAUUAUGGCUUCAGGUCAUUUGGCUUGGCGGGGCAUGAGUGAGCGGUUUGUGGAUCCAACAUACAUGACCCCUGAAAAUCGCUUGAUGUUUCGCACGACUCUUGUCCGACAGGCCGGUCGUUGGAUUGUGCUUGAGCAGUGUGUUGACAUUUCCGAGCUUGACGACCUCGAAGCCCAAGCCGUUCCGAACCCAUGUGAGAUGAUUGUGGUCAUGAGCUCGAGCGCCGAGCCCACAGCCGAGUUUGGUGUCUUUGAUGCCGGCGACGGGCGCUUUGAGUUGAGUGACUUAGGCCCUCCGGAUGCAGCAGCUGCGAACUUUUGGGGCGACACCGAUGCUUAUGACGAUGUUGAAGUGCCGGAUGCUCUGAUUGAAGCAUCAGAAGAGGUCGAAGCUGGUGUCGGCCCGCUACAUGAAGGUGGCCCAGAUUCUGUCUUGCAACCUGUGAUGCCUGAUGCACAGGAAGUUGCCCCCGCUGUUGAAAGCCCGCCUGAAGAAGUUGUGGUCGAUGAAGUUCGGUUGUCCGUGCAAAGCGCCAUGAAUGCACUGCGAGCUGGUUGUCGCAGUCUUGGCCUUGCCACCUCCGGUUCUCGCUUGAAGUUGUUCAGUCGGUUGAAAGGAUAUGUGGAGCGGCAGCGCUUGUCACUUUCGAUGGAGUUGGCGGACGAUGCGGCCAACCUUGCUGUUAGAGACCCGCAUGUUCAGGCGCAGCCACGUGUGCCUAGUUUGCUUGAACAAAGGCUCCAUGAAGUGACGCACACUCCUUAUCAGCCUUGGUGCCCUCAUUGCACUGUCAUGAAGGCAAUGCCAGACAGGCAUGAAGAACUCAAGGAGCGAGGGCCGAGAGAUAUACCGUCGGUGUCGUUCGACUUCAUGUACACUGGAUACGACAUGCAAGAGCCUCAGGAGCCGAGUGAGGCCGCUGGCCCCGGCAAUGACGACAACUUGUGUUGCUUAGUUGCGCAUGACACAGACACUGGCUCCAUCCUUUGUGUGCCUUGCGUAUCGAAAGGUGAUGCGAGGUACCUUGGCGCUGAGCUGAUGCGCUUUUGUCAAAACCUUGGGCAUGUUGAGCUUGAGUUGCGCACUUUGAGUUUGCAGAACGUCGUAGUUGCAGCACGCCACCGGCUUGGCCUGCGCACGGUGGUUCGCAAUGCGCCUGUUGGUUCGCACCAAGCCAAGGGUUACGUGGAAAAGGCCGUGCAUUCAGUGCGGUCAUUGGCCAAUGUACUGUUGGACAUGGUUCGCGCCAAGUCGACGUUGGACAUCGGAGUGGCUCACCCGCUCUUUAGCUGGGCAUUCACUCACUCAGCUUGGAUCCUUAAUCGGUUCCGAGUCCUCGGUGGCCUGACAGCGUACGAAAGAACACACCACAGUCGUUACUGUGGGAAGCUGGUACCUUUCGGAGAGCCAGUCUAUGCCCAAGUGAUUCCCAGACGCAAGGGAAACCCGAAGUGGAUACUUUCCAUCUUUCUCAGCAAAAGCGUUUCCAACGACAUGUACAUCGUUGCCUCGAAGACUGGUGUUCGCUUGUGCCGGUCUGUUCGCAGGACAGGCCUUGAAUGGUCCAAAGACAAGUCGCUGUUUGAAGGUCUGAAAGGGUUGCCCUGGGAUUUUAGCAGCGGUGUUGUGGGUACUAGGUUUGUUCCUCUGCCCAAGUAUAGGAAGCCUCAGACGCCUGCGACGCCUACUGUUCCUGCUGUUCCAGUGAUUGAGAACUCCGCUGCUCUCGAUGAAGCAGCCUCAGACCCUCCGUCAACUCCAGCCAGGACCCCUUUGUACACACCUGAUCUGUCUGAAGGAAAUGCAGUUACCCCGAUGAGCCCAAUUGUGCAUGAUCCACUGCAAGCUGCGCCCCGUACUCCGCCGUUGGCGCGAAGUGUUGCGCCUCCUGCAUCUGUUGCGCCGGCAACAGGCGUUCCUCGUACGCCCGCAGCUGAGGUCAUGAAUCCUGCGCUGUCCUUCCCGCAGCCAGGAACUCCAGAGCAUGAGCUACCGCCUCUUGGUCCGAUUCUGGAAGAUGAGAUGCUCGCUGACGAGAUCGGACGCGAUGAUGACAAUCCCCGUGCAAGCAAGGCCCCUCGGAUUAGAGCAGUUACUUUUGGCAAGUUUUCGUUCGAUGUCAAUGACGACCUCCUUGAUCGCAACGCCUCGGAGUGGCAGGAUGCCACAACGUAUGUUUCGAUGAUUGACAGUGCCCAGGCUAGUGGUGAACUGGGUGUUGAUGCUUUUCAUGAAACCGAGAUUGAUGGGUUCGAACCUGGGCAGGAUCAUGUACUGUCUCAGGGCGACAGAACUCAGGAGAAGGCGGGGACUGCUGAUGAGUCAAAUGCUUCAGCCUUAUGGUUCCCCGACACAGGCCAUGGUGAGCCUGAGCUGAGUGAGAGUGAGCUUUGGAGCUUAGAUCGGCUCGCUGACGACUGCGAGCUGAAUCGUCUUCUCAAGAAAGGCGUUCUUCGGCAAGCUUCUUCCUCCGAAGAGGGUUCAGAUAUGAAGCGACUCAGCAGUAAGUUUGUUAGAACUUGGCGGCGAAAGAAGAAAGGAGGAAAGGCUAUGUUUCUUAGACGUAGCCGUCUGGUAGCGAGGGAGUUCCGGUGGUUAGAGGCUGAUAAAGAAGGGUUGUUUUCACCAUCAACCGCCACAGAUAUCGUUCGACUUCUCCCUGCUCUAUUCGUUUCGUGGUCACAGUCAAAGCCUGGUGAGCAGUAUGCUCUACUUGCGCUGGAUAUCAAGGAUGCUUAUUUGGAAGUAUGUCAGGAAGAACCGCUGAUGUGUGGCCUGCCAUCAGACUACGACGGUGAUCUCCGUUACAGCUUUGUGUUCGAGAAGAUGAUUCCGGGGCAAAGAAACGGGUCCCAGCGGUGGUUCAGCCACUAUAUCGACUUUCUCAGAGCGAAUUUGCAAGUGGAACAAUGCCUCGAGUGCCCUGCUGUUUUAAGAACAGAACACGGGCCAGCCAUGGUGCAUGUUGAUGACUCAUUGACUUUAGCUCCUUUAACCUGGAUCCACAGUGCUUUCUUGCCUCUGAUAAAAUCAAGGUUCGAGUGCACAUACGAAGUGGCUAUGCAAGUUGGAGACACGUUUGAUUUCUUGAAACGAAAGCACACGAUCACAGAGCAUGGUAUUUUGAUUGAGAUGCCCAAAUCGUACAUCAAGCAGAUGGCCGAGACAUUGGGUGUUAAUUACAGUCAUUCGUGGAAGCACAAGUCACCUUGCCAUCCGGACCUCUUGGGCGCUGACACGUCCCCCGCGCUUGACGAGGCAAAGGCUAGCAAGUUUCGGUCUGCCGUUGGCAUUGGGCUGUACAUAUCGGCAGAUCGGUAUGACGUCUGUUUUGCUGUUCGAAUGCUCAGUGCCUACAUGCAAAACCCUACAGAGUUGGCGUGGAGAUGUGCAAUCAGAAUGGUGCAAUAUUUGGUCACAACACAAGAUUAUGCAACAUUGGUUAAACCGGGUCCACCUGGUACCAGCAUCUUAUCCCCGAACGCGGGUGGCUCCCACCUGCUAGAGGUGUACAGCGAUGCGGAUUGGUCAGGUAACAAGAAGCAUAGACGAUCGAUUGGGUCUGCAAGUUAUACAUUUGAUGGAGCAUGCGUAUACCACAGUUGUAGGACACAGAAGGUUGUGUCACUAUCUAGCAUGGAGAGUGAAUGGUAUGCUGCUAUAUCUUCGACAUGCCAGGGUGUAUAUUUGCAGGCGGUGAUUCGGUUUCUCACUUGCGAGGAUUGCAUUCUCGUUGUGCGCCUAGACAAUGCUGCCGCCAGGCAGUUUGGACACAGACAGGGCGUGGGGCGCGCCAAACAUAUCCAAGGCCGACUGCUUUGGUUGCAGAGUUGGGUGCAGCAGAAGUUGGUGAGGCUUCUGGCGGUGCCUACCGCCUUAAACCUAGGCGACCUUUCAACCAAAUCCUUGAGCUCUACGAGAUUGCGAGGUUUACUCUUCUUGCAUGGCUUUGUUUCGGGUUCAACCCUUGAGCCCAUAGGCCAGGAGGAGUACGAAGAGAUCUAUCUGAAGAAUCUCGUCCGAGAGCGCGUGCACCGAGUGAUCAAAACUUCGAACAUCAAGCAGACUCUCAUGAUUGCAUUGUUGACAUCCCUUCCUCAAGGUACACUUGGACUUGAAACAAUGCCGACUUCAACCACGAAAGUGCUUUUCUUCUGCGCUUUGGUUUGCUUCACCGGUGGUAUGACCUUCAGAGCCUUGAGCCUGUUCAAAGCCCUUGAAGUUGAUGUCGCAAAGAUCAGCUUUGCGGUGAGCGGAGAGCAGAUGGCAUUGAAUGUGCUUGUCAUUGUUCUCACGAUGAUGGCUAUGGUGCAAGAGACAUGGUUCGAUACAUGGCUUUGCUUUGGGUUGCUACUGGUUAUUUGGGUUGCAAAGAACGAGAUUGCAGUUCUUCAUGCUGCGAUGAAAGAGAAGGAUUCACAGAUUGCAGAUCUGACUGCAGCGGCUGAGCCGAGCCCUGAACUUGAAGACGUUCCCAAGUAUGUGUGA